AUGUCGGAUUCAAAUUUUCGUCGACUUCAACCACACACAUUACAGUAUUCGAAUAAUUAUCGUUCAUCGAGAGCAUCUCAUGAACCUAAUUUUCAUCGGAAUCCUCGUUUUUCCCAUGAAGAAAACAACGAAAUGGAGCAAGAAUCAAAUCAAAAUUCAUAUUCAACAUAUCACCAAUCUCCUUUUCCUUUACUUGCUCCAUCAUCUGAACAAAAUAUGUUUACUUUUGAACAACAAUCUUCUUCUGAACAUAUGAAAAAAACAAAUGAACGUCAAAGGAAUGAUCGUCCUUUUCAUCAUAUUGAAAAUCAUUUAUCGUAUCGAAUAUGGUCAAAUACAGCUAAUCAACAAUAUUUUCGUCGAUAUCCUCAACAACAUUUUAAAUUUCAUCUUGUUUGUUAUAAUAUUUUAUCACAAGCAUUAUUAGAAGAUAAUAGAUUUUUAUAUGUUAAUUGCUUAAGAAAUAAUUUAAAAUGGUAUCGAAGAAAAGAUCGUUUAUUCAGAGAACUAUUAAGACAAGAUGCUGAUAUUCUUUGUUUACAAGAAAUGGAAAAUUAUCAUUAUGAAAAUGAUUUUCGACCAACAUUUAUGCAACAUGGAUAUGAUUCUAUUUAUUUAAAGCGAACUGGUGAUAAAUCAGAUGGAUGCUGUAUAUUUUACAAAAUGAAUCGUUUAAGACUUAUUGAAAGUAAAACUGUGCCAUUUUAUCAAAAAGAUAUUCGUAUUUUAGAUAGAGAUAAUUGUGGUUUAAUUGCCCUUUUUCAGCCAAUAGCUCCUAACGUUUCAUCAGAUGAUAUAUUUUGUGUUGCAACAACACAUUUACUUUUUUCACCAAAACGUGGUGAUAUUAAAUUAGCUCAAAUACAAUAUUUUCUUGCUGAAAUUGAUCGAUUAGCAAUAAAAGAUCCAUAUACAAAUUCUUACUAUCCAAUAAUUUUAUGUGGUGAUUUUAAUGCUCAACAUCAAUCACCACUUAUUCAAUUUUUAUUGGAUAAAUAUAUUAAAUAUGAUGAUUAUCGUUGUAUUGAAAUAUCUGGUCAAAAAGAAAAUUCAAUCGUCAACAAUCGUUUUUCUUCUCAAUUACCAUCAAAUGAACUUCUUCCAUCAUCAUUUGUUACGGCUGAUUGUCGUUUGGUAUCAUCAAAUAAUGAACCGAUUUCACCAAAAUGUAACAAUCGACUAUUAUCAGCAAUAUUAACACAUAAUAAACAAUUUCAAUCAGUUUAUGAUUUAAAUAAUUCAUUAGAUGUAACAACGAAUGCUGGUGAUGUACCACAAUUUGUUGAUUAUAUAUUUUAUACUCAACAAGAAGAUGAUCCAUAUAGAUUAAAUUUAUUAAGUCGUUUCGAUUUAUAUAAACAAAAUCAAAUGAUAGAUAUUCAUAUGCCGAAUCAUCAAUUUCCUUCAGAUCAUUUUCUUUUAGCAGCAAAAUUUGCUUUAAAACUAAGAAAGAUAAAUAAACAGUGA